AUGCCUGGAGUUCCCAUCGACGCCCUGGACAACCUCAAGUCCAAGUUCAAGGCCAUCUUCAAGAAGAAGGACGAGAAGAAGGCUGAGGCCUCCAAGCCCGCCGAAUCCAAGCCUACUGAGACCCCCGCCACCACUACCACGCCGGCCACCGAGCCCACCAAGACCGACGCUGCUCCCGCCGCUGCCCCGGCCACCGAGCCCGCUGCUCCUGCCCCCGCUCCUGCUGCUGCCGCUGAACCGGCCAAGGCCCCCGAGCCCGAAGCCAAGAAGGACGAUGCUCCGGCCACUACCGAGCCCGCCAAGGCGCCUGAGGCUGCCCCUGCUGGCCCCGCAGCUCCUGCUGUGACCGCCGAGGCCCCCAAGGCGCCUGAGCCCGCUACCGCUCCGGCUCCCGCCCCCGCUCCGGCUGCUGCCACCGAGCCCGCGAAGACCGAGACCCCUGCUACCACUGCCCCGGCCGCCGCUCCGGCUGCCGAGACUGCGCCUGCACCUGCGCCCGCUCCCGCCGCUGCCCCCACCGAGGCUGCCAAGCCUGAGGAGAAGCCCGCUGAGGAGAAGAAGGAGACCACCGCCGCUUAG